UUUGCAUUGGAGCUUUUGAGGCCGUGCUGGAAAGCACCCCCUAAAGGGAACCCAGAGGUGCGGCCAGGAGCACCUGCCGGUCCCCCCACCUCCCUCCCCGAGAACAGGGACCCCAGCGGGGGACGCUCGGGGUGCGCCACGUCGGGAGAGACUCAGAGAGCGCGGCGGCGAAGCGCGGUCCCCGGCGCUGGGGCUCCAGGAUCUGCGCGGCCACUCGAGGUCAUCGACAAGAGUUGCAGGUAUGGAUGGGAAGAAAUGCAGCGUGUGGAUGUUCCUACCUCUCGUCUUUACUGUGUUCACCUCCGCUGGAUUAUGGAUAGUAUACUUUAUAGCUGUAGAAGAUGACAAAAUUUUCCCAUUAAAUUCAGCUGAAAGAAAACCUGGUGUGAAGCACGCACCAUAUAUAAGCAUUGCAGGUGAUGAUCCUCCUGCAAGCUGUGUCUUCAGUCAAGUGAUGAACAUGGCCGCCUUCCUGGCUCUCGUGGUGGCGGUUCUGCGCUUCAUACAGCUGAAACCAAAGGUUUUAAACCCGUGGCUCAACAUCAGUGGCCUGGUGGCUCUGUGUCUUGCUUCCUUCGGAAUGACCUUACUUGGUAAUUUUCAGCUGACGAAUGAUGAAGAGAUCCACAACGUGGGCACGUCCUUGACGUUUGGCUUUGGCACGCUGACCUGCUGGAUCCAGUCUGCCCUGACGCUCAAAGUCAACAUCAAGAAUGAAGGCCGCAAAGCUGGGAUUCCGCGCGUCAUUCUCUCGGCGGUGAUCACUCUCUGCGUGGUCCUCUACUUCAUCCUCAUGUCCCAGGGCAUCCACAUGUACGCGGCCCGGAUCCAGUGGGGCCUGGUGAUGUGCUUCCUGUCUUACUUCGGCACUUUGGCGGUGGAGUUCCGGCACUACCGUUACGAGAUCGUCUGCUCCGAGUACCAGGAGAAUUUCCUGAGCUUCUCAGAAAGCCUGUCCGAGGCGUCCGAAUAUCAGACUGACCAAGUGUAACGCACCAGCUUUUCCUCGCUGGUGAGGUUAGGAAAGGGGCCAGGGCACGAAGGACCUGUCACAUAGCCUCCUACCACAUUUUGUACACAUGCACACACACACACACACGUGUACACACACACA